GGUUUCAAAACAAAACCUUGGGUAGAUGCAGUUUACUUUUGGGUGGACGUGUUGACACGUUUUGAGGCCUCACAUUCGCUUAAGAUCACAGAAUUUCCUCAGUAGCCUUAGGUUUAAAAGUUCAAAUUACAGUUAAAAAAAAAAAAAACCCGAGUUUCUCUUCCUUUUCAUAGUUCACCCACUGCUAAAUUUCCUGUGUGUCCUUUCAGACGCUUUUCAUAUGCAUUGCUGAGUAUGUAUAAUAUCUCUCCUAAAAAGCAACUGGGAACAACUUCCUGUUGUGCGUUUCGUCUUAUUCACAUUAACUUCUCCAUUGCUACGCCUGGCUUGUUCAUCCUCAGUGCGGCGUGGUCCCCCCCUACGAAUUGUCCCCAUUUCUCAGACAGAGGCGCCUGGGGCUUGGCCACGUUCCGUGAGACCAGGAGUGCGAGUCCGGUUCCCGCCCGCGGGUCGGGGCGGGAGGCUGGGCUAGACGGGCGGCAGGAAGUGCCAGGCGCUGACUUGCAGGCGGCACCCCCGCGGCUUGUAAACGCCGGGCGGACGCGGCACAGGCGGAGUACGCGCCUCGCAGCCGCGUCUCCUUUCUGCUCCGCGAGGGCGGCGACUGGCGGCGCGAUGGACUUGACCGGGCUCCUGCUGGACGAAGAAGGCACCUUCUCCCUCGCCGGCUUCCAGGACUUCACGUUCCUCCCAGGACACCAGAAGCUGAGUGCCCGGAUCCGAAGGAGGCUGUACUAUGGCUGGGACUGGGAAGCCGACUGUAGCCUGGAGGAGCUCUCCAGCCCGGUGGCAGACAUUGCUGUCGAACUGCUCCAGAAGGCAGCCCCCAGCCCUAUUCGCCGACUCCAGAAGAAAUACGUAGCUCAUGUGUCCCGGGAGGCAUGCAUCUCCCCGUGUGCUAUGAUGCUGGCUCUGGUGUACAUUGAACGGCUCCGGCACCGAAACCCAGACUACCUGCAGCAUGUGUCAUCCUCUGACUUGUUCCUGAUCUCCAUGAUGGUGGCCAGUAAGUACCUCUAUGAUGAAGGGGAGGAGGAGGAGGUCUUCAAUGACGAAUGGGGAGCUGCUGGGGGUGUGGCCGUGCCCACUCUCAAUGCCUUGGAGAGGGGCUUCCUGAGUGCCAUGGAUUGGCAUCUCUACACUGACCCUCGGGAGAUCUUUGAGGUGCUGAGCUGGUUGGAGAGCUGUGUGGCUGAGCAGCAGGGACGGCGGCGAGGCUGGUACACCUACACAGACCUGUGUGUGCUGCUGGAGCAGCCGACCUGGCAGUUGGCCCUGGGCUCCCUCUGCCAGCGGCUGGUAAAGCUGUCUUGCCUGUUAGCUGUGGCAUAUGUGAGCAGUGUGGCCCUGGCUGUGGCAUCGGUGGCCGUAAUACAUCAGUCUUUGGGGCUGUCCUGCACCCCUACACCUGGGCCGCCUGACCUUGGACUGACCUCCCGUUGCCUCCUGGAGCCCUGCAUACCUUCUGUGCCACAAUGCCUGCCGUCUCCUGCUAAUGUCUCCAGCUGCCUGGAAGGCAGCAUGGGGCUGCGGUCACUCUGGGGCAGUCUUCUGGCCUCACUGACUCCUCCACCAUUGCCUCCCCCAGACCCCCCUGCCCCUCCCACUCUUCUUCAUAACUGCCACCUUUGCCAGAAGCUCCAGAGAGACUCCCCAACCUGCCAUGCCUGCCUCCACCCCAACCGUACAGUCCCAACUGCGCUGUCCAGCCCCUGGUACCAUACCUAUGGCCUGGCUCCCCACUGGCCUUGGAGCCCGGUGCCCCUUUCACUUCCUCAGCCUCAGCAAUGUUCCCUUUUCAGUGUCAUGGAGCUGGCUCGCCUCAAGUCUUUCAUUUUCCCAGGCUAGGUAGGGCUGCGAGGAAUGCAUUAAGAGGGUUUGGGAGUUUCUGAGAACCUGGAGGAGCAAAGCUUGAUUCAGAUCCUGUCUGCCUCGCUGGGUCCUUGGCAGGUCCCCUGUCCUGGGUGGGAGCUUAUGGGGUGGUGGGGCAGGAGGACUGAAGGUAAUUCACUCCUAGAUCUCAGUGGCUGGCUGCUUGGCCAGGACAGUGAUACCGCCAGGGAGAGCUUCCGCUUGGUGACCAGGGACAUGUCCCAGAUGGACAUAGAAGCUCCUCUCUGCCUCCCUGGGAUUUUUUAGACUUUUGAUUUCCCUAGGAUGGAAGAGUAUAGGUGGGAGAUAAGGGAAGUGGGGUGAGAGGAGAAAGGAAAUGUUGGCAUGGGCCUGUGUGAUGUCCCUGAGGCAGAAAAGCCGGGGACUGAUGGGGUCAGGUGGGAGCUGCUGGGUGAGGCAGGGAACGCUUUUCACUCCCAUUCCUUAGCUUUAGUCUAAUGGAGCCAAGGACUGCUGGGACCUUCAACCCUGACCUUUUGUCUUCCAGUCUUCUCUUAGUGUCCUGCUCCUAGGUUUCCCUCUCUUCUGGUUCUUCUCCCAGGUAUUCUCUUCCCAGGCCUCUCUGGCCACUGCUUUGUAUCAGGGUUUUUCACACUUUUGUAGAACUGAGGUUUCAAUAAACAGUUUCAGUUGCA